AUGGAACAAGAAGAGGAGUUCAAAACCCCGCAAGCCUCCGAUAAUUUUGACUUAAAUCUUAAAAAUCAAAUUGAGCUCCUAGACACGUCCAAUGUGCCUUUUCAAGACUUGAGCACUUAGUCACAAUACUCCUCAAGCCAGCAGGACAUCCUGGCCAUGAUGAAUAAAGUGUAUGCAAAUCACUUGAGUUAGAAUCAGCUCUCAGGCUGCAUAAUGCCAUCAUUCGAGUCUCCUUCGAUAUCUGAGAAGCGAUCCGACCAAGCAACCGACUAUAAACCCACCAAAGUGUUAUUUGUCAGAGGUCUGCCCUAUGAUAUUACAGAGGCAGAACUUAUGAGAAUACUUUCUUAAUACGGAUGUAUUGAGAGGGUGCUGAUUCUGAUAUAAAAAGCACAUGCCUUUGUUUAAUUUAGCUCACUUUAAGAGGCUGCUGGCUGCGUGCUAGACUAAGAAAAUCUGUAUAUCUACAAUAAAAAGGUGCAUAUCAGUUACUCUGGAAGAGAAUACAUCUAGGAUGAUAGAGUGAAUCAAUUCAGCAGUCUGAAUCAGAGCAAAAUAAUUCUUGUGACGAUCACAAAUAUUAGAUAUCCUGUGAAUGCUGAUGUGCUAUUCACAACUUUUCAUAAGUUUGGCGAACCUUAACGUAUCGUUAUAUUCCCAAGGUAACUUGGUGAAUAAGCAUUAGUUGAAUUUGCUAGCGUAGAGCAAGCUAAGAAGGCCAAGCAAGAAAUGGAUGGUAAAAGUAUAUAUUCUAAUUCAAGCAAUCUAAUGAAAAUCUAGUUUUCAGAGAUGAAAAAAUUAGAAAUCAACUCAUAAAAUGAUAAGGCAAGAGAUUAUACAGUUUAAUCUGUUGAAAACUAUAUCUCUAGCAAUUAACCUGCCGCUAAUAACUUUAACAGCUAAGGUUUGACAUAGGAUCAAAUGAGUAAGUCUGAAUUUGAGUCACUGUUUACAAAAGCAUUUAAGGAUGUGAAGUCAAAAAUGAAUUACUAAUUUUCAUUGUCCUCAAACAAGUAAUUAACAUAAAAUUCCUAGAGCAUAGAGGGAGUAGUAAAUAAUGAAGAAUAUAGUGAGGAUUCAAUUUUUACAUUUGGACUGGAUGACUUUUAAUUAGAUCAAUUAAAGCCAAAAUAGCCAAUGUAAGUUAAUCAGCCAAAUGAAUUCCAGAGAUAGCAUCCAUUUGCACAGAUAAAAUAACAAAAUGAUUAAAAUUUAGCUUUACAAAAUUAAUAAUAAAGUGAUUCCCACCAAUAGCAGCCUCAAUUCUAUCAGCAGAGCUCUAAAGUACUAAUAGUAUCUAACUUACCUAAAUCUACGAAUCCAUACUAACUAUUCAAACUCUUUGGAUUAUAUGGUAAUGUUUAGAGAGUAAAAAUAAUGUUUAAGAAAAGGGACAAUGCCUUGGUGGAGUUUUAGGAUAUCCUAUAGUCUCAAUAAGCAAAAUAAUACCUAAAUGGAAUCACGUUUUUCAGUCACACUAUUUAAGUUAAUGACUCUAAAUACCAAACCAUAACUAUCCCUGCACUUAUGUCAAGUGAAGAAGCUUAUCUUACUCAAGACUAUACAUAUUCUAAGGAGCAUAGAUAUAAGGUCUAAGGUUCUAAAAAUACUCAGAAUAUUGCUGUAAGAUACUUAACCUUCUUAAAUUCAUAAUAAUUUAGGCACCCAGUAAGAUUCUGCAUGUCUCUAACUACCCCCAUUAAUAUAAUGAUGAGGUUAAAUUCAGAAAUUUAUUCUCAUAGAUUGCUUCUCCAGUAGUGA